AUGUCAGUUUCUACUUUCAGUAAACUUAACCCAAAGAGCUUUUAUUUUUUUACUCUAUCCGAUGGCAGUAACCGAUCCUUGUAAAACUCGUGAACCUAAAGUGAUAGACAACGCAUUAAUAGAAAAAUGCAUCGAUUUACAGUUCCCCAAAGGAGAAGUUGGUCGAUUAAUGAGAGCAGACGGAAUGCCUAUGGACCAAAUAGAAGAAAUGAGAUUUGAGUAUAUGAAUAUACUUAAAUUAGACCAUUUAUGGGUACUUAAAUCAUUAGUGAAAUUAAAAUUAAAUAAUAACUACAUAGAGAAAAUCGAAGGCAUGGAAUCAUUAAUUCAUUUAGAAGAGUUAGAUCUGUCUUUUAACAAAAUUUCUAAAAUAGAAAAUCUUGAUAAUUUGACAAAACUGAAGAAACUAAACCUAUUUGAUAAUUUGAUCGAAAAGCUAGAAGGGCUCGAUAAUUUAAAAAACUUGUCUGUAUUCAGUAUAGGAAGAAAUUUAAUUUCAGAUAAAAAGGAGAUAUUUUAUUUAAGAAGGUUCAAUUUAAUGUCUUUGAAUAUGGCUUAUAAUCCAUGCACGGAGGACAAGAAUUUUAGACUAUUCAUAGCUGCUUUCUUGCCGAAUUUAGACUAUUACGAGUAUAAAAGAAUUUCUGAUGACGAGAGGGAACAAGCUGAAAUAGUAUAUAAAUUUGAUGUUCGCGACCUUGAAAAAAUAGAAGACGUAGAAUUUGCAGCAAUUCGCGCAAAAGAGAAAGAGAUUGCUGACGCUGAACUUCACUCAAAAGCCUUCGUUGAAUAUAUGAAUAGUAGACAUUUGUUUGAUGACAUGUAUAAAAAUGAUGAUGAAGGCAAAGCUCUUCUAGCAAUUGGUACAGAAGAACUCGACCAAAUUUAUAAAGAUUUCGAAACAAACUUCAUCGCCUUUUGUGUUCAAAUAUUCGAAAUCGGACAAAGACAGUACAACCUGCGAUGCGAGGAAAUAGAAAUGUUCACCAGAAGUACAGACAACGCUAAAAAGGAGAACCAGGAGGAGAGUAUCACUUUUAUGGAAUCCUUCAUCGAAGAAAAGCAAGAACAUUUUUCUAAAGUUAAAGUACUACAGCUGCAGCUGGAUGAUGCUAUAAUAGAUGACAUGACCUAUGUCGACAAGGUUGAAGUUUACUCUGAAAAUUUCGACAAACUUAUCCACGAGUCCUGGAAGAAUCUGAUGAAAUUAGAACUCCAACUAUUUGAGCAGCUUGAAGAAGUCAAUCAAACCUUCGAGCACAAUCUAACAGAAAUGGUCAAUACAUUCAUAGAAGAAUGUCAGGCUGUUUUUACAAAUAUUAGAGAAAUUGAAACUGUUUAUACUGAAAAUUUGCAGGAAGCAUGUAACAGUUUUCUGACAGCUGCUAACAUUGGUGAAGUUGAGGUACCAGAUGUCUUAAAGAACAUCAUGAAUGACAAAGAAAAUUUAGUUAACGCGCUAGGUGCAACUCACGAUAUACACAUGCAAGUGAUCGAUGACAGAGAAGACACACUAAUGAGUAGAGCAAGAACGUGGCUAGAUACUUUUAUCAAAGACCUUAAUGAUGAAGAAAUUAAGAGAAAUAGAUACAAAAUAUUGGAGGUAAACCACUUUCUCGACAUUCAAAGAGAAGAAUAUGAUGAUCUUAUUACAUUACCGCCAUCAAUUAUACAGAAAGAAGAGAUUGACGAUGAUGUUUAACACUUUUCUUUCUCAUAUAUUUGAAAUUUUAAUAAAUAAUAUAUUAUUUUGAAAGAA